AUGCUAUUGUUUGCCCUAGUCAUAGCUGGCAUUUUUGGACCAAUUGGUUCAUAUGCAACUCCUGUGGGUCCAUCAGCUUGUUCCAACAUUACCUUGCAUUUGGGAUCGCCAAAGGUCGUCAGCAGUGAGCUCAAUCUGAAAUAUAUCAACAGCACUGAGUAUUACAAUACUCUGCAGGAUGCUUACAAACCAUCCUGCAUUGUCUACCCCAAGUCCUCUCAAGACGUCUCCGUGGCUCUUCAAGCUAUCCGAGCAGCGGACAGUCGCUUUGCAAUCAAGGCCGGCGGCCACAACCCAAACACGUUCUAUUCAUCCGUCGACGAUGGCGUCCUUAUCGACUUGAGCAGCCUCAACGCAAAGUCAUACGACCCAGACACCACGCUGGCUACAUAUGGACCAGGUGGUACAUUUGGCGACUUAUAUAACUACUUCGUGCGAUAUGGCCGCACGGUAGUCGGCGCUAGACUUGCCGGUGUUGGAACCGGUCUGGCACUGGGUGGUGGCAUGAGCUAUCUCUCGCCCCAGUACGGAAUGGCCUGCGAUUCAUUCCGGGAAUUGGAAAUUGUUCUACCGGACGGUGAAAUUGUAACAGCAUCUAACACAUCCAACCCCGAUCUCUUCUUUGCAUCCCGAGGAGGCGGCGGCAAUGCAUACGGCGUUGUGACAAAGUAUACAGUGCAGAGUCGCCCAGCUGGCCAAUUCUUCGCCGGAAACAUCAUCUACACCUUCCAGCAGAAAGAUACCGUCCUCGAGGCAAUCAGAAACUUCAUCCAAUACAACAACAACCCCAAAGCAAGCAUCAUCGGCACAUACGAGAAACUGCCCACCCCAGACCUGAACCUAAACCUAGACGAAGUUAUCAUCAUGUUCCUCGUCUACGAUGGCCAGGACUCUGGUAGUGCAUUCGCAAACUUCACCAGCAUACCCUACUUGAUCAACACGCUUAGCAUCAAGACCUACCCAGAAGUAGUUAACAUGCCAAUCCCAUACGCCACCGAGAUCUCCCGAGGCGCCAACAUCUUCCGAGUUGGAGUUCACCGCACCGACACCGACGAGUACAAAACAGCCAUGGACAAAUGGCGCGACUGGGGCGAGUCAAACAAAGGCAAAUACCUCCUUCUCUCACUGGACUUCCAGCCCGUCCCCAAGAGCUUGACAGAUGCCAGCAAGGCACAGGGGGAAAUGCCAUGCAGAUGCCCGACGGCCCGUGGUUUUGGUUGA